UCUCCAAUGUCGUAUAGCACUUGUCCCAGAACACGUUCUCUUGCUGCGCGAGACACGUAAACAUGGCGCUUAACCUCACCGUCAAAGUGCAUCCCGUAGUUCUAUUUCAAAUCGUUGAUGCCUACGAACGACGGAAAGCGGAAUCCUUGCGGGUUAUCGGUACCUUAUUGGGUACCGUGGAGAAAGGCAUUGUCGAGGUUACCAACUGCUUUUGCGUGCCUCACAAGGAGUCCGAGAGUCAGGUGGAGGCCGAUUUAACCUAUGGUAUGGACCUGUACGAUUUGAAUCACAGAGUCAAUGCGCAAGAGAAUAUUGUUGGUUGGUGGGCCACUGGCAAUGAGGUCACUACACAUUCGUCAGUCAUACAUGAGUAUUAUGUGCGAGAAUGUAAUAAUCCAGUACAUUUGACCGUUGAUACCACAUUAACAAAUACUACAAGAAUGGCGAUUAAAGCUUACGUAUGUGUCCCAUUGGGAGUGCCCAAUGGAAAGCAGGGAUCUAUGUUCACACCGGUUAAAGUACAGAUUACAUGCUACGAGCCAGAGAUAGUAGGAUUGCAAUUAUGUUCCAAGACUCAAUUGCAGACCCACGUGCAAUUGCCUAGCAUGAAAUCCGCCGGAGGAAUAGAGCCCAUGAUGGAUCUCGCGCAAGUCUCGGAAGCUUGUUCCAAGCUCUCUUUAAUGCUGGAGCAAGUGCUCACGUAUGUCGAUGAUGUUCUGGCUGGAAAACAAUUGCCAGAUAAUCAAGUGGGCAGAGCGCUCCUGGACAUGGUGCAUUCCGUGCCGAAGAUGUCCAGCGAUCAAUUUGACGAGAUGUUCAAUAGUAACGUCAAAGAUCUUCUGAUGGUAGUCGCAUUAUCUCAGCUGAUCAAGACGCAGUUGCAACUCAAUGAGAAACUUACGUUACUUACGACUCUGUAACGAAACGCGUCUGGCCAAAUAAAAAUGAAAAUAUGAAAAUAUGAAAAAUAGGAAUGAUAACGAUGAUGUUUUAUACUCCGGUUUUUACGACGUUUCUUACGACUAAAAUAUUCUUUCGCGAAAGGAUGACUUUUAAUAAAGUAUAAAAAGAG